ACAAACACAAUGCAAAUCUCCUACUUGUCCCAAAGCAAUUCAUCCUCCCUCACAUUUUUCCUCUCCGCCCUCUUCAGGGUAACGAACUGUAGUAAAUUGAUACCCUAGAUCCUCCCCAUACCGGCGAGAUCCCCGAUCUACUCCAUGGCGUGCAUCAAGAGCGCCCCUCGAUCGGCCCUCGCCGCUUUCUCCCCGGAUGCGCCGUACCUCGCCGCUGGAACGAUGGCCGGCGCCGUCGAUCUAUCCUUUAGCUCAUCGGCGAACCUUGAGAUCUUCAAGCUCGAUUUCCAGUCGGACAGUCAGGAGCUCCCUGUCGUGGGUGCUUGCCCUAGUAGCGACCGUUUUAAUCGACUUUCAUGGGGGAAGGCAAAAUCCGGUUCUGGGGAAUAUUCUUUCGGCCUCAUUGCAGGAGGCCUUGCAGAUGGCACGAUUAACGUGUGGAAUCCAGCUAAGCUAAUUGGUUCCGAAGGGAAUGAUGACGCCUUUGUUACACGGCUUGAGAAACACACAGGACCGGUUCGUGGGUUGGAAUUCAAUCCUCAUGAGCCAAAACUGCUUGCUUCUGGGGCAGAUGAAGGUGAACUCUGUCUUUGGGAUCUAGAGAAUCCUUCGGAACCAAUGCUUUUUCCAUCUUUGAAGAGUAAGGGUGCCCAGACAGAAAUAUCCUUCGUGUCUUGGAAUUUGAAAUUUCAACAUAUAUUAGCUUCUACUUCCUACAAUGGGAUGACUGUUGUUUGGGAUUUAAAGCAGCAAAAGCAAGUAACAAGUAUUUCAGAUUCCACUCGAAGAAGGUGCUCUGUUUUGCAAUGGAAUCCCGAAGUUUCUACACAAAUUAUUAUUGCUUCUGAUGAUGACAGCUCUCCAUCUCUCAGAGUUUGGGAUGUUAGGAAGACGAUAUCUCCAGUCAGAGAAUUUGUGGGGCAUACAAAAGGGGUCAUUGCUAUGUCAUGGUGUCCAUACGACAGCUCAUUAUUAUUGACAUGUGCCAAAGACAAUCGUACUAUUUGCUGGGAUACAAAUACAGGAGGGAUUCAGAGUGAGUUGCCAGCCAGCACCAAUUGGAAUUUUGACAUUCAUUGGUACCCAAAGGUUCCUGGUGUCAUAUCAGCAUCAUCUUUUGAUGUGAAACUCGGGAUAUAUAAUAUUGAGGCUUGCAACAAGUUGGCUCUUAGUGCUGGCGACUUUGUUGCCCCAGUACGCCUUAGAGCUCCAAAAUGGUUGAAACGUUCGGCUGGAGUGUCUUUUGGUUUCGGUGGCAAACUUGUAACAUUUCAUCCUGGUCCAGCAGCUCCUGGUGCUUCAUCAUCUGUUUCUGAGGUUCAUGUGCAUAAUUUGGUUACCGAAGACAGUUUGGUUCACCGAUCUGCUGAAUUUGAAGCUGCAAUUCAAAGUGGUGAAAAGGAUUCACUGCGGGCAUUAUGUGAAAAAAAAAUUCAGGAUUCUUUGUCUGAGGAUGAAAAGGAAGUAUGGGCUUUUUUGAAGGUCAUGUUUGAGGAAGAUGGGACAGCUAGGACAAAGUUGCUCACUCAUCUUGGUUUCAGAGUACCCAUUGCUGAAUCGGAGGUUACAUCUGAUGAGUUCGGGAAGGAGUUGACUAACGCUCUUAAUUUUGACGAGAAUUCGAAGAAAGGGGCACUCUUUGAAGGAGAUGUUUCUUCUUUCCCCAUCGAUAAUGGAGAUGAUUUCUUUAAUAAUUUACAACUUUCUGAUGAUAAAGAGUUAAGUGAAGAAAAAGAGGUUCCGGAGGAGCAAGCACCAAGAGAGACGGAAGCAACUUCGGAUGAUUCUGAUCCAUCCAUUGAUGAGGCUAUUCAACGUGCUCUCAUAGUUGGAGAUUAUAAGGAAGCAGUUCGGUUUUGCCUGUCAGCAAACAGAUUGGCUGAUGCGCUGGUUAUUGCUCAUGUCGGCGGUCCUUCAUUGUGGGAGAGGACAAGGGACAAGUAUCUUCAAAAUAGUCUCUCACCCUAUUUAAAGAUUGUUGCUGCAAUGGCUAAUAAUGAUCUGAUGGCACUUGUUAGUACCAGGCCGCUUAACUCAUGGAAAGAAACUCUUGCCCUUCUUUGCACGUUUGCUCAGAAGGAUGAAUGGACUAUCCUGUGUGAUACUCUCGGUUCUCGAUUGUUAACAGUGGGACAUACACUUGCUGCUACCCUCUGUUAUAUCUGUGCUGGAAAUAUUGAUAAAAUAGUGGAAAUUUGGUCACGUAGUCUAAUAUAUGAGCGAGAUGGGAGGAGUUACGUUGAUCUUCUUCAGGAUUUAAUGGAAAAAACCAUUGUUCUUGCCCUUGCGUCUGGACAAAAGCGUCUUAGUAAAUCUUUAUCAAAAUUGGUGGAGAACUAUGCAGAACUUCUAGCUAGUCAAGGCCUUCUUUCAACUGCUAUGGAUUAUCUAAAACUCCUUGGCUCAGAAGAUUCGUCGCAUGAGCUCGCUAUCCUUCAAAAUCGUAUUACACUUUGCAUGGAAGAAAUGGGAGUGUCUAAGAGCGUGCGUUUUGAAGAAAGCCAGCUUCAAAAUGAUCCUCUGUAUAAUAUUGGUGGAUCUGCUUCUGGCACUGUUAAUGGUUCACAAAAUUACCACCAGGCUAACACACAAAUCCAACAGCAGCAGCCUGCGUCUAGCGCUCAAUAUGGUGAUGGGUAUCAGCAGAAUUUGGCUCCAUACGGCGGGUACCAACCUGCACAAGUUGCUCAACCAGGGCAGCAAUACAUAGGAUAUGCCAAUCCUGUUCAAUUCCAGCCGACUCAGUCGCCUCAGAUGUUCAUCCCUUCGCAGACUCACCAGGUUCCACAACAAAGUUUUGGACAACCUUCUGCGCCAGCUCAGCCUGCUUUGAAGCCAUUUGUUCCUGCAAACCCCCCCACUCUUCGAAAUGCUGAACAGUACCAGCAACCACUUACCCUUGGCUCUCAAUUGUAUCAGGGAGUUCCUAAUCAGAAUUAUCAACCUGGACCAUCUGUAUCAGCCCCUGCUAUCAGUGCAUUGCAGCCGGGAUCUGUUGUCGGCCAUAGAUUUACUCAACCUGGAACAUCUCCAGCACCUAGGGGAUUCAUGCCUGUGACAAGUUCUAAUUUUGGCCACAAUGCCGGUCUUAGUCCCAUUCAACCUUCUAGUCCGACGCAGCAGGUGCAACAAUCAGUUGUGGCCCCUCCAGCCCCUCCUCCCACUGUGCAGACUGUUGAUACUUCAAAUGUCCCUGCUGAACUAAGACCAGUCAUUCUGACAUUGACUAGACUUUAUCAUGAGACGUCUGAAGCACUAGGUGGUCAACGUGCAAAUCCAGCUAAGAAAAGGGAAAUUGAAGACAAUUCAAGGAAAAUUGGGGCUCUAUUUGCAAAACUUAACACUGGGGAUAUAUCGCCAAAUGCCUCGUCCAAGCUCCGUCAACUUUGUCAGGCCUUGGACACUGGGGACUUCACUAGCGCUUUGCAUAUCCAGGUUCUAUUAACUACAAGCGACUGGGAUGAAUGCAAUUUCUGGCUUGCAGCACUGAAACGAAUGAUCAAAACAAGGCAGAAUGUUAGAAUGUAAUUCAGAAGAUCAAUCAAUUUGCAGGGGCUGGCCCCUGUACACAACAUACAAUUCCUCAUAAAAUCAUAGACUUCUCUGCUUAUAUUUAAUAAAAUUUAUUUUUUCUUUAAUUUGGUGUAGUGGCCCCUUUGUGUUUUAGGCCAGACCCAAAAGCAGUCAUCCAUUCUAUAUAACCUGUGUAGAGUUGAAGGUUCUUUGUCACAAGAAGUCCUCAGUUGUCAGGGUUCUGAUUUGUUUUCUGUGAAAGUUUUGCUUAGGAUUGUUUCUGAGAGUUUUUUUUUAAGGUUUUUGCAGCCCAUGGUUUGUUAUUUUGAUGUUUAAGCUUCUGUCACAUCAAAUUACGUGCCACUAUUAUUAUUAUUUUUUAUUUUAUA